UUGAAGAUUACGCUGGAAGAUGUCAGGUUCCCCUGCCUCAGCUUCAGGUGCUUCAGACAGCGCUCUGUUGUUUUACGUCUGCCUGUGUGUCGUUCCCAGCUGAAUGUGAGCACGUACAAUACGUUCUGAGUAGCCUAGCUCUGAGUUUUUUUGAAUUGCUGCUGUUCUUUGGAAAGGAUGAGUUUUAUGAAGAUCCUUUGAAAGAUAUUUUAGGUUCGAUUCAGGAAUGUCAGAAUCUUCUACAUAAAUACAGAAAUAUGAACCUGGAGUUAGUAACUCGAAUCAUCCGAGAUGGCGGACCAUGGGAAGAUCCUGUAUUACAAGCAAUUCUUAAAGCAAAGCCUGUAUCACAGGAAUUAGUUAACAAAUAUUUAAGCUCUGAAAAUCCACUGUUCUUUGAACUACGUGCCAGAUACCUUAUUGCCUGUGAACGCAUCCCUGAGGCAAUGGCUCUUAUCAAAUCUUGCAUAAAUCAUCCAGAUAUCAGUAAAGAUCUGUAUUUCCAUCAAGCUCUUUUCACCUGUCUUUAUAUGUCACCAUUAGAAGAUCAGCUAUUCCAGGAGCACUUGUUGAGGACUGAUUGCAAGAGUGGAAUUGAGAUCAUCUGCAACACUGAAAAAGAAGGGAAGACUACCUUAGCCUUACAGCUAUGUGAAUCGUUCCUAGUCCCACAGCUCCAAAAUGGGGACAUGUAUUGUAUAUGGGACCUGAUCUUCAUUUGGAGUAAAUUGCAGCUUAAAUCUAACCCAUCAAAACAAGUAUUCGUUGACCAGUGCUACCAGCUUUUAAGAAUUGCUACAAAUAUCAGAGUAAUUUUCCCUUUCAUGAAAGUCAUUAAGGAUGAAGUUGGUGAAGAUGGUCUUCAGAUAUGCGUUGAGAUAUGUGGAUGUGCCCUGCAACUGGACCUCCGUGAAGAUCCCAACAUGAAAAGUCUCAUAUAUAAAACGAUAGCUCAUUUUUUGCCAAAUGACUUGGAGAUCCUCAGAAUUUGUGCACUUUCGAUCUUUUUUCUGGAGCGCACUCUGGAAUCAUACUACACUGUUGAACAUUUGUAUAAAUGUGCAGAUGAGGAGUACAAUGAGUGCACUAGUUCAGUUCAAAACCGUGUGCGUUUUGAAUUGCUUCCAAUUUUAAAAAAAGGUCUGUUUUUUGAUCCUGAGUUUUGGAAUUUCUUGAUGAUCAAGCAGAAUUGCUUAGCCUUAUUGGGGGAUAAAGCCUUUGUUGGUUUAAGUGAAAGUACACUGGAAAACUCUACUACAAAUGCAGAGAAGAUGACAGAGUACAGGGCUUUAAGUGAAGAGCACGUUGGCUUAACGGAUGUAAGYAAUGGGGAGCUUGACACUGAAGACUUGUCUGAAGCCCAGUCCAAAGGUAAUGCCAAGAAGAACCAUGAAGCUCUGGAAGCAUCUAAAAUGUUAGAUCAUACUGUACCGAAGCACCGCUGUGUGAUAUGCAACAAGGAGUUCCUUGGUGGACACAUUGUGAGACAUGCACAAGCUCACCAGAAAAAGGGCAGUUUUUCCUGUGUACUUUGCAGCAGAAAGUUCAGACAACGAGGACUUAUGCUGAAGCACUUAAAAAAUCAUGUCAGGAAGAUAGAAAGACAACAUCUUGCAGCAAUUCAUGAGGACAGACAAGAGACUCCAGCCCUUACUGAGCAAGAAUGCUCUGAGGUUUCAGUCUCUCUUGAAAAUGGUAAUUCUGAUGGUUCUAAAGAUAAGGAACCAGUGGCUGCAAUCGUUCCAAGUGCUAAUAUGGAAGAAGAGAACACCAAACAGGUAGUUGACGUGGUAGAAAAUCAUCUAAGUGACCAGGAUGAUGCUACUGAAAACAGCAGUUGUGAUAGCUGUUUUAAUAACAUCUCUGAUGCUUUAAAUACGGAAAACUUGCCAGAAGACGAUGAAAGCUCCAGUAAAGAGUCGCCAGUCCUUCAUAAAGUAAACGGAGCUUUUGGCCCUCAGAAAGAUGGGGACGCUAUGGAUGAAGAAGGAAGCUUCAAGUGCCCUGCUAGUGGUUGUGCCAGGGUGUUUAAAAAGAUACGAUUCCUCAAUAAACAUGCAAGAAAAGCUCAUCCAACUGAUUUGAAGGUGCAGCAACAUAUAAUGAAAUGGAAUAAAGGAAAAUGUCGCUUCUGUCAGAGGAAAUUUGCUGAUUCCCAACACUUUAUAGACCACCUGAAGAGACAUGUGUAUCCGAAUGUUUACUUYUGUUUACACUUUAAUUGUAAUCAGAGAUUUAAGCUGUCAACUGAGCUGGCAGAACAUACAAAAAGUCAUAAUGUUUUUAAAGCUCAGUGCAAUUUUGCAGAGUGUUGUGAGCUGUUUGAAGAGCUCCCUUUACUAUAUGCACAUGAGGCUCAGCAUUAUUUAAAUAAAACACCAGAAGGCUCAGAAGAUGCAAGUGAAAAAGAUUCUUCAGAUGAGUCUUCAGAACCCCUUUGUAGCUACCAAGAAAGUGAUGCAUCUGUUAAUGAAACAGAAACUGUAGAUUUACCAAUUCCAACUUGGAAGUCACGGAAGGAUUCUACAGAACCAAAGACUUACAUUCAAAGUGUUGAGAAGAAAGCAAAUAACGUAAUUCAGAAUGGAAAUGAAAGCUCGUCUGAGAGUAGCGCUACAGUUUUAAACUCCGUAGACCAAAAGACACCUGUGUUACAGCCAAAUUCUGAAAACUGUAGUGGUGUUAGUGACCAAUUAGUCAACGGGCACAGUGACAUGGAGCAAACGUCAUCAAAGUCAUCAGGUACAACUUUGGACAGAGUGGCAGAUGAAACAAGGACAGAAAAUGGGUCAGUGUUACCAGUUUUACAGAACUGCCAUGAUACACCCCAAAACACUGUUGCUGCCUCGCAGUUACCUUCUAAACCAAAUCAGACAACAGAGCAUACUUCCUAUGGUGUCAUCUUAACAAAACCUUACGUUAGACCGUUGCCUCCAAGUUACCUUGAUGAACGUUACAUUAGCAUGCCAAAACGUAGAAAACUUUUGACUGAUAAAGCAGACCCUCAUUCUGAGCAAGAUAAAGUUUGUAGCAAAUCAUCAGAAAGAUUAAGAUGUGGCAACUGCUUGACCAUCUACUGUAACUCGGAAGCACUUGAGGCUCACAUUGCACAAAAGAAGUGUCAGACGCUCUUUGGAUUUGAUUCAGAUGAUGAAAGUGCCUGAUCACAUGUUGUGGGAAAAUGUCACAUGAAGAGUGGUGUACGCAAACACUACAUGAAGAAGCAUCAGUUUUUCCCAGUUGGCCUUAAUCAUGAAGCAGUCCCAAAUUACUAAAGAGAAACACGACCUUGAUAAAGACAAAGCACAUUUUCUAGAUAGAGCUCACAGAGGAAUAACAGGACCUGUGCAGGUUUUGAGUCCAGAAAGGUUGCUACAAAAUCCCCAAAGUACCAGUAAUCCCAAAAGCCAUGUGAAUUUUAAGGGUGUGAUUGAAGCUUAGCGGCACAGUCUUUUUUAACAUGAAAGUUUAAGGAAAAUAAUGCACUCAGUUGAGCAGACAGAGAGCAUCUAUGGUAAUUGCCUUAUGGGAAGAAAACAGCUAAUACUUUAAGCUGCUUUAAUGAGAAAACAGUUUUUAUUUGUGGUUUAACARUUUUUCAUUGUGGCUUAAAUCAUCACAGUAUUUAUGAUGCAAGGCAUGUAUAGAGGAACCAGGCAUUCUUUUUUUUCAGUAUUUGAAUAUGUGAUUCCAUUUUCUGAAAAAAAGAAAAAGGCACUCCUUAAAUACAUUCGUACUGAGAAACCAGGAAGAGAAAUAUAGAGACACAUCUAAGAAAGAGAAUGCAGCUCUAAUAGCCAAAAUGUACAAAUUAUGCAAGACCAAGUGUCUUGGUAGGAUACUGUGUGUAAGCUAUGCACAGUAGAAAUUUGAUGCAUACAAAAGAAGUCCUUUUGAAAGCUAUGGUAAAAAUACAUAUCAAGACUGUUGCAAAGUGUCAUGUAGAACCAUCUGUUUUAGGUGCAGGAAGACCAAUGCAAGUACAUUGCACAAGUUGUGUGGAUAUUAACAGAAGCAGACUGAAGCAAAUGCAAAUCAUGAAGAGGGGCAGAGUUGAGCUAAUACCGUGAAACAGAGGGAGGGCUUUCAGCAGUUUGUGUGACCAAAUAGAAUUUGAAAAACAGCUUUGUGGAGAAGUGGAGGGGUGAAAAUCUUAAUGAAGACAGACAAAAGCAGUGCACAUAUUGAAUUAGAAAUACCAGUUUGGAAGGACAGGCUGUUUCACCCAUGUGAUAUUGCUUAGGGGUGGUGGAUCACAACUCCAUGCUGUAAGUAAUUACCUUCAGUAUAAAGGAAGGAGAAAACACGCCACAGUUCAGCCUUAAGAAGUAUUACAACCUUAUGUAGUAUCAUCUCUUGAAAAGGUAGUCCCUGACAGGACUUAAGUGCUAAGCAUUUUAUCCAACAAGUUGGCUGUGGAUAAAAAGAAAUAGAGUUUGGGGAGAUAAGAAAUUCCAGUCUGUUACUUCUGUAUAUCACAUUAAAAGACAAGAUGUCAAGAAGCUGUUGUAGUUUUUGGUCUUCUGAUUCUAAAUAGAAGUGUGGCAAGUAAACAUUGUCUAUUUGCUGUGCUCAUUUACCCUCUUAAUAACUAUAUUAUACUGUCCGUGCAGCUUAAAUGUUGGGUCCUGCUCUCUGCCAUUAGCUGAAAGUGUUAAUGCGCUCACAGGUGCAGGAGGUAUAAUUGUGAAAAAUAACAUGUACAGAUGGAGUCAUCACAGAAAUCUAGGACAGCAAAGACCAACUGUUCCUUCUUACUGAGUAGUCCAUGAUAUUGUGUGUACGAUACAGUAAGAUUAUCUUUAAGAACUUGCUUAAAUUGACAGAUAGGUUAAAGUAAAAUCAAGAGGUACACACAAGAUCUGCUCGUUGUAGCACUGAUUCACACUUGCAAACCUAAGGAUUUCAUUGUAAAAUAGGCUGUUAACUAUUUCUGGAACUUAAACAUAGUAGCUCAGUAAUGCCUCUGCUAAUAAUCCUCUGUGAAAUCAAACAGAUACUUGCAUUAAUUCUGCUUCCUUUUCCCCUCGUAGGAGGUAAAAGAACACACUUUGAAAAUUGUACUUUUUUGAAUUCUAAAAACAAAAUGCCUUAACUUUGAGUUGGCUUAAAGUAAAAGGUUAUAAAAUUAUGAUCACAGGUAUGUGUGCAUUACAUUAAUAUCAACGACUGACCCACUUUGAAAGAUCUGUAUGACAUUUGAGGCACCAAAGAAUUUUCUUUUUGCAGUUGCAAAAAAAUUUAAACGCAACAUUGAUAUAUACAUAUAUACACACAUAUAUUUACAUAUAUAAAUACAUUAAAAGUUGCUUUAACGUGAAAUUAAGGGGGACCUUAUCAGCCAAAUGCACUUUCACUUUAGAUUUUUUUUGCUUUGAAGUUAUCAACUMAUUUUUGAGGACUCAAUUAUUAUUUUCACUGCCCUAGGCUCCCCUUUCUUUGCUUAACAUUGUUAMUCUAAUUAAAUUUGCUUAAAUACAUUUGGGAAAAGAAUAAAGGUUAAUUUUAAAGUAUCGCGUUUUUAAAAAUCUAAAACCUUGGUCAGUAGAUAUGACAAAAAUGUUUGUGUAAAAUUUUUUAAGUGUACUUUUCAUCUUUGGUGCUUUUUUGCCUUUCCCUGGAGCUCCAUGUGUUUGAAGAUGCUUUAAAACAUGAUUGAAACUUGUAUUUUCCUUGGUUUAAAAUGUAUAGAUAAAUGCAUCUAUGUACAUGCAUAAACUGUGACCAUAAUUUUUUGUACCUGCAUUAAACUCACUUUUGUUCAAAGAUGCUUUCCUUGGACACCACCAUUUGUUUAUACCACGUGUUCUGUAUACGUAUGCUGGAGAACUGAAAGGAAGGAAAAAAAAAAAAAAGAAUUCUCGUGUAGGUGAACACUAGUUAUCACCUAAAGGACACCAGAAAUAUUCUCAAUUGACUUGAAGUAGGAGGUGGGUGAUGACAUGUUUAUUUUAAGUAAUGAGUUAAGUCAGAAUGAACUUGAGUAACUAAGUUUCAGAGACUUUAGUUGUUUUUAUUUUUUAACAUUGUUCUCUGAUAGCUGUUGCUAUGCUCAGUUAGCUGCAGUAUUAAGCGGCUUGUGUUAGGAGGAAAAGGAUGCUUCUGGUAUGUGUGGGAUAAUUCUACAUGCUUUUUUAGGAUUCUCUCGUAUGUAGGAUAUUAUCCUAUACUGAGUCUGCAACUUUUAGGGCUGGAGAAGGUUCCAAAUCUAGAAUGGAAAGUGGUUUUUUUUUUCCACAGGCAUUACAGAUUGCAUGGUGCAAUUGGAAAGACUUCAUCAGGAUAUAUAGCUUUGAUUCAAUGAAUGCUGAAAUGCAUGUGUACUGCAAGCAUGCAAAUUUGGUAAAGUUGCCUAAAGUAAUACAUGAACUUUGGAGCUUUGUUGGAUCAAAGUUUGUGCAUUUCAUGCUGAUAAUCAUAUUUUAAUCAUGUUGCCUCCAGGUGGGAUAUAACUUGCAUUUAGACUUUGCUUUUAAGAUUGUCUACUCUAACCUGAUCAUGGUUCACUGUAAAGGUCAUGUAAGUUAAAAUAUUCAAAGAGCUGCCGCUUGGUGGGCACCUUUUAAUGGAGAGGGGAAAAGAAAAUCAAAAGUAGGUGGAAAAUGGUCUUAUCUGUGGGGAAAGGUCACUGGUACUUUGGUUUUUUUAGCCAUACUCAUUAAAACAUAAAUUGUAUAGUUUGGAUAAUUUAUAACAUUAAACUUUGUGAUUUUAAUAUCACAUUGAAGGUUCAGCUGUACUCAUUUCUUUUGUUGUUUAACACCAGUGGUAUGGAUGAAAGACUCAACAGGGUGGUAGUGUUAUUUUUUCUUAAUUUAUUUGGUACUGUAUAACACCUUUCUGAUUAAAUGCAGUGUAUGCAUUUUGGGACUCUGUUAA